CAGCGCUUCCCUGUUCAGAGCAGACUUCCAGGGACAUCCGUGUAAGGAAACAUAGAUUGCUGGACUGCUGCAAAAGUAUUUAUUGGUGCAGUACGCGCAUUGCUGCCAGCGAAACUGGGACACAGUACGGUCAUCUUCGCGUGAGUGUGUAAGAAGAGCUGUAAACGCGUGAGCCUUAUGCAUUACACUUGACAAGGCUGGAUUAAGAUUGUUCGAUUGCAGACUUGCCAAGGUCAGAUCAUUGGCAGCCCAGACGACGAGAUUAAAAACGUUGAAGCUCAUUGCAGAUCGUUUGAAAUGAAUCUAGCAGUUGUUACGUGUUUCUGUUCUUAUAGAAAGACACACAGAAACAAGCGGAUCUUUACUUUUGUGUAAAAAGAACGGUGAAUUGAUAUUUCCCAAAUCUGUGGUGGGGGAAGGGAAUCAGACAGUCCAGCACGUCGAAUGGGGAUCUGAGUCCCGCACCAGCCUUCCUUCCAUUUCUCUCUGGACUGGAUCUUAAGGUUCCAACACUCGAAAGGUGAAAGGUCGCGGUUGGUGGCUCAAAGAAACCCCCAUGAUUCCUAUAUGUCCAGUAGUUUCUUUCACGUACGUGCCCGGCCGGCUAGGCGAAGAUGCCAAAAUGGCUACCAGUAACUACUUUGGAUUUGCCCAUGGUGGUGCUGCGCAGUACAGCCAACAGCCGGCCACUGGCAUUGCAUACUCUCAUCCAACCACAGCUGGCAGCUACACAGUCCAUCAGGCCCCAGUAGCUGCACAUGCUGUGACAGCAGCAUAUGCUCCUGCAGCUGCUGCUACAGCAGCCAGACCUGUUCCUGCAGCUGCUGCCGCUGCUGCUGCUGCUGCCGCCGCCACAGCAGCAUAUGGAGGAUAUCAAACAGCACAUACUGCAGCAGAUUAUGGAUACACACAGCGACAACAAGAAGCCCCACCACCACCACCACCAGUCACAUCACAAAAUUAUCAGGAUACGUAUACAUAUGUGCGUUCCACAGCACCAGCUAUCGCCUAUGACAGCAAACAAUACUACCAACAACCUGCUGCUGCAGCUCAGCCACAACCUACUGCUGCAGAAGCAUAUUAUCAAGCUGCUGCAAAAGCAGGAUAUAGUCAAGCUGCAACACAAUACACACAAGCUCAACAGACUCGACAAGUGACAGCGAUAAAACCAGCUACACCAAACCCAACUACUACCUUUACUGUUUACCCAGUGUCCACAACAGUGCAACCUGCUGCUGCAGCAGCUGCUACAGUGGUUCCAUCCUAUACUCAGAGUGGUACAUACAGCUCAACUGCUGUGACUUAUACUGGAGCUACGUAUGCUGGAUAUGAAGCUGCAGUGUAUUCUGCUGCAUCUUCCUAUUACCAACAGCAACAACAACAGCAGCAGCAACAGAAACAAGCAGCAGCUUGGGCUGGGACCACUUUCACUAAGAAAGUGCCAUUUCAGAAUAAACAGAAACCAAAACAGCCACCUAAGCAACCACAGAUCCAUUAUUGUGAUGUUUGUAAGAUCAGUUGUGCUGGACCACAGACUUACAGGGAACAUUUGGAAGGACAGAAACACAAAAAGAAGGAAGCUGCUCUGAAAACUACUAACCAAAACAGCAAUACUGGAACAGCUCGAGGCAUUCAAAAUCAACUACGUUGUGAGCUCUGUGAUGUUUCUUGCACUGGAGCUGAUGCUUACGCAGCUCAUAUUCGUGGAGCAAAGCACCAGAAGGUAGUCAAGUUACAUACCAAACUUGGUAAGCCCAUUCCAUCAACAGAACCAAGCAUGGUAAGCCAGACUACGACUACAACUACAGCCGGAACCUCUGUCAAGCCAGCUCCCCCAAACCCGCCCACAGGAUCCAGUAGUGGUACGGCUCCUGCAACUGCUACAAUUUCUCCCACUGUAAAGCCUAAUCCAGUUGCUGCGGUAUCUGUGAAUAAUGUUGCUAACAAGCUGCUUGUUGCAAAAAAGACGCCAACCCCAAAGAUAACUUUUGUUGGUGGUAACAAGUUGCAGAGUACAGGAACAACUACUGCUGUAAUUGAGGAAGUCAAAGCCCCUGAGGUUAAAGUGGCAACACCACCUGUUCAGGAGAAUAAAUCAGAGGCAGUAGCGGAACCAAUGACAACACUUGCUGCAUUGCAGAGUGAUGUUCAACCCGUUGGUCAUGAUUAUGUGGAAGAGGUACGAAAUGAUGAAGGCAAAGUGAUUCGUUUCCAUUGUAAGUUGUGUGAGUGUAGUUUCAAUGACCCGAAUGCAAAAGAAAUGCAUUUGAAGGGGAGAAGACACAGACUGCAGUAUAAAAAAAAAGUAAAUCCUGAAUUACAAGUCGAAGUAAAACCAAGCAUUAGAGCAAGAAAAAUCCAAGAAGAAAAAAUGAGAAAACAAAUGCAGAAGGAAGAAUAUUGGAGACGGAGGGAAGAGGAGGAGCGAUGGCGUAUGGAAAUGAGGCGAUAUGAGGAGGACAUCUACUGGAGGAGAAUGGAAGAGGAACACCAUUAUUGGGAUGACCGUCGCAGAAUGGCUGAUGGGUAUCCACCAGGCCUCCUUGGUGUCCGACCAGGAAUGAUGCAACCCCAUGGACCACUACCUCCCAGGCGCCCAGACUCGUCGGAUGAUCGCUAUGUAAUGACAAAGCAUGCUGCUAUAUAUCCAACUGAAGAGGAGCUGCAAGCUGUCCAGAAAAUCGUUUCCAACACUGAACGUGCUCUUAAACUUGUGUCUGACUGCAUCACUGAACAAGAUAAACCAAAAAACAAAGAGGAUGAAAAGAAAGAUGCAAUCAAAGAUAGAAGAGACGAUAGCCAGAGAGCUUUGAAAGGUGUAAUGCGAGUUGGUGUGCUUGCCAAAGGGUUGCUGUUACGUGGGGACAAAAAUGUGAACCUUGUUCUGCUCUGUGCAGAGAAACCAACCGGAACACUGCUAAAUCGCAUUGCAGAGAACUUGCCAAAGCAGCUUGCGGUAACCACUCCUGAGAAAUAUGAAGUGAAGUGCUGCAUACCUGACUCUGCCAUACUACUCAAUUCAUAUACGGAACCAAAAAUGCAAGUCACCAUCACACUUACAUCCCCGGUCAUUAGAGAGGAGAACAUGAGGGAUGGAGAUGUAACCUCGGUUAUGGUGAAAGAUCCACCGGACGUCUUGGACAGGCAAAAAUGCCUUGACGCUCUGGCUGCUCUACGCCACGCUAAGUGGUUCCAGGCUAGAGCCAAUGGUUUGCAGUCUUGUGUGAUUAUUAUUCGCAUCCUUCGUGAUCUUUGCCAGCGUGUGCCUACCUGGGGAGCAUUGCCAAGCUGGGCCAUGGAACUGCUGGUGGAAAAGGUAAUCAGCAGUGCUUCUGGACCACUUAGCCCUGGUGAUGCCAUGAGGAGAGUUUUUGAAUGUGUCGCUUCCGGAAUUCUUUUACCAGGUGGUCCUGGACUUUAUGAUCCUUGUGAAAAGAACCCUAGUGAUACACUAAAUUCAGUGACUAUACAACAAAGGGAAGAUAUCACAGCUAGUGCACAGUUUGCACUGAGAUUAGUAGCAUUCCGUCAGAUUCACAAAGUUCUUGGAAUGGAUCCAUUACCUCAGAUUAAUCCACGUUUCAAUGUACGUAACCGAAAGAGGAGGAGGGACAAUAGUGAUGGCACUGAUGGAUUGGAAGCAGAAGGAAAGAAGGAUAAAAAAGAUUUUGACAGUGGAGAAUUUUAAAUCAUUAUACAUAGUACUCCAGAUUGUUAAUACAAUGUUGACUUUCGGUGAACUUGGCAGAAAGCAGUGUCUGACUUCUAAGUUUCGAUUUAUUUUAAAAGAAAGUUAUGGUAAAUGUAAAUAAAGUACUCAUCUGCUUUACACUCAAAUGGCAUGUUGUUUCAGCAUAUUUAAACUGAUUGUUAAUGGUCCUAUUUGUGACAUUUAUCCAGAACUACUUAACCUUUACAUCAUUUCUCUAAUCCUUAGCACAAAACCAAUUUUAUACACUUAGAGGUUCACAUGUAAACAGACUUUCAACUUGAAUCUCGUUUAACAUAUUAAAAAUGGGAUGGAGGGCCAUGUUAAUUCUGCAGUAUACCACAGAUAGCAGUGCUUCUAAGCACUUGCAACUCAAAUACUGCAACUUCAGUUCAACUAAAUGUGUGCUUUUGCAGAACCUGUGACUUCUCUAUCAAGCAAAAAGAUGAAUGUGAAUAAGAACCAGUUUCUUUGGUUUAUAUAAAGUUAGUUUCUUGUCAGCUGUGCAUCAGCAUAAAAAAAGCAGUUCUGUGUAUGGGCUUGUCAGCGAUUUUAAUGCAGUGCUUUUACAGUCAUUCCUAGUAAAUCUUGCAUGACUGAGCUAUAGCCUUGGAAGUUUGUGUUGUAGCAAUGCUUUUAUAAAACUUAACAGUUUACUUGUUUAUUUUUGUUUUGUUUUCAGUGGUAAGAAUAAUGUGUAGUUGUUUUAUAUGGUUUAAGUAUGUAGUAACUAUACGCUUGUAUGCAGUUGAUGUGAUGAACAGUUCUGUUGUAAUUGAAGUUGAACUGUCCCCCUGAUGUAUACUUUGUCACUUCUUACCGCAUCAAUAAAACUUAGAGGACAUUAUAUUUCCA